AUGGGCUCUUCAAAGGUCUCUGAUGCCUAUGCUGUCCUCGGUCUCGAGGAGGGUGCCUCGCUGGAGGUGGUGAAAACGACCUACAAACAAGUGGCCUUACGCACGCAUCCUGACAAGAACCCGGACAAUCCAUCGGCGACGGAGGAGUUUCAGCGCGUCGGUGAAGCGUAUCGAGUACUCGUGAAGCACUUGGACAAAUCCGCGCCGUCGUCAGAGAGGCCCCGGCACGCUCACCCAUUCUAUAAUUUCCACAGGCCUGGGAGCGACGACUCUUUCUCCGACGAUGAAUACUAUUAUGAGGAUGAUGAUUAUAACGGCUCUGAUGACGAGGAAAACAUGGCAUUUUAUUUAUGGUUAUUCGAACAAAUGAUGGGUAACAGAAGUCCUUAUGCGCGACACGACCCGCGCUUCCGGCGCAGGCCAGCCAAACAAGAGUCCCCAGAAGAAUAUCAAGAACGUCUCCGUCGGUCCCGUGAGGAGCAAAUUGCGGCGCAAGAGAGACGGAAGCAAGAAGCCGUCGCCCGAAAAGAGCGAGCUGCAAGGGAGCGGGAGCAAGAACGUUUAGACGCCGAACGGCGCCAGAGGGAGAAAAUUGAAGCAAAGAAGGCUCAAGCCGAAGCUGCUCGCAAAACAUCGGAAGAUCGAGCUAGGGCACUUCUGAAGAAGGCCCAGGAAAAGAGGACUUCUGUCUUUGCGGCUGCGCGUCGAGGCGAGGCGGAAAAGGUCAAGAAAGGUAUUUGGGAGGAUGGCGUCGACGCGACCGGUGGAGAGAUAAAGCCCGACUGCGCGUCAUUUGUCCAAAGCCCACCUAAAGAUCUACAGGAGACUCUCUUGCAUAUUGCAGCAAUGAAGGGGGAUGUAGAUCUUAUCAAAUGGUUGGAUUCUCACAGUGCCGAUCCGGAGGAGCGGAACUCACAAGGACAAACUGCAUUCCACCUCGCCGUGAAGCGUGGUUAUAUCGCGGUCAUCAAAUACUUUUUAGAAGCGUAUCCUCCCGACGAAUCAGAUUCUAAAGCUAUCUAUGAUUGCUCGGAGUGCUCAAACAUGCUUUCAUUGGCUUUGGACUCACAAGAUCCAGAAGUCAUCUGGGCAGUCCUCGAAAACAAAAUGGCAACUCCGGAGGAAAUCAGUAAUGCCUGGACAUGGGCGACCUCAGACAAGGGGUUUCGAAUCCUGAAGGGUGGGACACCCACGCCGUCAACUCAAGCUGUCGAAAAGGCUGGCGAUAUCGUCAAGUUACUCGCUCGAUAUGGUGGAUCAAGCGCAGGGCAGACAGGUGCUGGAAACGCACAAGGGAACGUCAAAGAGUCUCCGAAACGACGCCAAUCGCCCGUCACUUCUCAAGUCUCACAAGGUCCGCAGUCGCAGUCAGGCAAGGUUACACCGACGCCGACGUCGUUCAAGUCCAACCAUUCUCGAGGACGGGGCCGUGGUCGUGGCAGAGGCCGAGGCCGAGGUUCUGCCAACACCCCUCCAGUCCAUUGA